AUCAGUGUUAAUGUUCUUAUUUACUACUCUCUUAAUUAUCAGCCUCGGAAAACUGGAGCAUACAUGUCAUGAUCUGAGAAAAGCAUCGGGUUAUUCUUAUGGAUUAACAUAUGAUCUGAAUUCAACCCAGGUCAAACUGCUCCUCUCUCCUCCCCUCUCCGUUUUUUCUCCUCCCCUCCCUCCCCUAUGCUCAGUUCGGUGUGUGUCUCCUCAUACAAAGGGCGCAAGGGUGGGAACCAGUCGUCCAACAAAGCAUGUUACAGCGCCGACAUGACUUGUCCGUCGGAAAGCGAGAAAAUCGUCAUCAACUGCGGCGGCGUGAGGCACGAGACGUACCGGAGCACCCUGAAGACGCUGCCCGGGACGCGUCUGUCGUGGCUCACUGAGCCGGACGCCUUCAACAACUUCGACUACGACCCGAAGUCCGACGAGUUCUUCUUUGACAGGCACCCGUCCGUCUUCUCGUUCAUCCUCAACUACUACCGGACGGGCAAGUUGCACUGCCCCAACGACGUGUGCGGCCCGCUGUUCGAGGAAGAGCUCGCCUUCUGGGGCAUCGACGAGUCCGACGUGGAGGCGUGCUGCUGGAUGAACUACCGGCAGCACCGGGACGCGGAGGAGGCGCUGGACAGCUUCGAGACGCCCGAGCCGGAGGUUCCGGACGACGACCCGGCGCUCGCGGGGGACGGAGACCUGAAGCGGCUCUGUCUGCAGGAGGAGGGCAGGAAAGUGGGCUGGUGGCGCGUGUGGCAACCCCGGAUCUGGGCGCUCUUAGAGGACCCCUAUUCGUCCAAAUACGCGCGGUAUGUGGCAUGCGGAUCCCUUCUGUUCAUCCUCAUCUCCAUUUCCACCUUCUGCAUGGAGACACAUGAAGCGUUCAAUACCAUCAAUAAGAAAAUAGAGAAUGUUACGAAGGGGAACGUGACGAGAGAGGAGAUCGUGUACGAGGUGGUGACGGACACAUGGCUGACGUACGUGGAGGGAGUGUGUGUCGUCUGGUUCACCAUCGAGGUGCUCACACGCGUCGUCUUCUGUCCCGACAAGGCCGAGUUCUUCAAGAGCAUGCUGAACAUCAUCGACUUCGUGGCGAUCCUGCCUUUCUACCUAGAGGUCAGUCUGAGCGGACUCCCCUCCCAAGCGGCGAAAGAUGUGCUGGGCUUCCUGCGAGUGGUGCGUUUCGUCCGGAUCCUGCGUAUCUUCAAGCUGACUCGUCACUUCGUGGGUCUCCGGGUUCUCGGACACACACUGCGCGCAAGUAUCAAUGAGUUCCUCUUGCUUAUAAUCUUCCUCGCUCUCGGCGUCCUCAUCUUCGCCACCAUGAUCUACUACGCCGAGAGGAUAGGAGCCAGUCCGGACGACCCUACGGCGAGCAACCACACCAACUUCAAGAACAUCCCUAUAGGUUUCUGGUGGGCCGUGGUGACCAUGACCACUUUAGGCUAUGGAGAUAUGUAUCCGAAGACGUGGUCGGGGAUGCUGGUGGGGGCGCUGUGUGCCCUCGCAGGGGUGCUGACUAUCGCCAUGCCUGUCCCCGUCAUUGUGAACAACUUCGGCAUGUAUUACUCUCUGGCCAUGGCCAAGCAGAAGCUGCCCAAAAAGAAGAACAAACACAUCCCGAGAGCCCCGCAACCCGGCUCGCCCAAUUACUGCAAGCCGGACGCCCUGGCCAUGGCCACGGCCUCGCCCCAGAGGAUCCUGGGUAACAUGCUGGGCGGCGUGCUGGGCUCGAGUGGGAUGACGGUGGACUGUCCUUUAGCUCAGGAGGAGAUCACAGAGAUUAACAGAGACUCGAAGCAGAACGGUGACGCAGCCAGCGCCGCUCUAGCAAACGAGGACUGCCCAACGAUCGAUCAGGUUCUCAGUCCAGAUGAGCGCAGCCCAGUGGGUCUAACACAAGAACGCUACCAGCAGGACAGAGCCUGCUUCCUCCUCAACACACGAGAGUUUCGACCCACUGAUGGGAAUGUGCGGAAAGUGUUAAGUUUCUAGCAUUUGGCAAUUCUAUUAAGGAGACACGGUUAGUCGCUCAAUCCUGAAAAUUUUGCCGAUGGGGCUGUACCAUCCACACGGGACAUGUGAGGAAUUUCGGAGUGGCAAGAGGGUGUGACUGGAAACAAAACAAAAAACUAAGGAAACCAAAGCAACCUCAUCGAAAUUCCGGACCACUCCUCUUUCUACAGACUGACUGACUUACAGCAACAAAACUGAACAUUGCACUGUCUCACCUGAAAGAGAAAAAAGACUCCUGAAGGAACGAACGGAAAACAUUCCAACGUUUUAAGAUCAAAACACCAGGCGCUUCGACUGCCGCACUCACCUGGGCCUUGAGUUUCUGUAUAUUAAUCUGUAUGUAAGAAUGAAGGACCAACUUAGAAUAAUUAUGUAGCAUCUCUGCUAAGACCCUGUAGCAUUUCUUGGCUAGGAGAACUCUCCGACAGACUUUACAGUUUGCACAGUAUGACUAAAAAUGGCUUAGUCAUGCAAAAUUUUUCUUAUUUUCUUCCCUGUCUCAGCAUAUUAGCAGCAAAAUAUGUUGUUUGUGCAUUGCCGUGUGGUAGUUCCCACUCCCUGUCUCGAGUCUUAUUAGUAGAGUAGCUUUUCUUUGUGAAUGAAUACUGAAAAGUGAAACGCAGCACUCUGCUUUUGGUAACAGAUGCUAUUCCUAAACAGUCUUCCAGUUUUUUUCCCCCGAGCGUUCGGGGGAGGCAACACUGAAAACAGUCCAGACAGACCAAAGCCCAACUGUGACCAAAUAAUGUCUGAAAGCCAAAAUGGCACAAAAUAACUUAAGACGUUCCCUGUCAGAUCUGAACUUUUCGUCCCUUUAAAUAUGAACGGAUUGGCUGUUCUGCCAGGGGUGCUGUUUGUAAUUCCCUAAAAUAUCCUUAUAUUGAGGACUUUCCCCAGGGAUGGUCUCUCUCGUUCCUGAAUAUAGAAGUUUAUUUUAUUUAUUUAGUAGAGCUGAUGCUGCCAUUGAUUAUAUAUACAUGCACAUGCUAGUGCUUGGACCAAUAACAAGUAGAAGCUUGUUUUCUUUAUAAAGGACAGGGAAAUGCAGUGACAUUCUUAAAUCUCCCUUUCUAAAAAUCAUCUGUAUCUAAAACUGCCUUUUCAGAUUUUUUUUCCCUAUGUCCCUGUCUUGUAUUCUCUCCUAUUGGCUUGACAGCAUGGUUUCUUCUUAACUAAUCAGAGGGAACGCAGGAUGUCACACCAAAUGAAUCAAGAAGAAUAAAUGUACAAAAAAAAGAACAAAUUUAUAUUUUAUAAGUAGUUGCAAAAACAUCUCUAAACACCACGCUACGAACAGCCGCUGACUUAUUCAAAAAAGAGCAAAAAAGGAGGAAAGAAAAUAUAUUAUCACUCUCUUUUGGAGAUUGUUUCCUCAUAGACUGAACUGUGAGAAAAUGGAUGUCAAACUAUGUGAAAAAAUAUAUAAUACUUGGAGAGAAAAAAAAUGCAUUUUUGUAACUUUGUUUACCAGCAUGAGAACUGCAUGACUGUAUUUUCUGCUAGCCCUUAGUUGAAGUGGGGAGGGCUAAAAUAAUAUUUAAAAAAGAUAUUAAUACAGAUAAAUGAAUAAAAAAACAUGAUAUGCAACGGAUAUUUAAGAAAAAUAUAUUUAAAAGAGCUAUAUUUUAUUUUGAAAUGGGAAAAAAGUGAGUAAAUUCUGACUGCGAGUUACACACUGAACUGUUUUAUUAGUUUAAGAUUAAAAAAAAAAAAUCUCAAUGCCACCUAAAGCUUUUCUGCUGCAUACUGCCUUGUGUUACAUUCUCGUUCGCUUUCAUUUCUUCAAUCGAAACGCCGCCUGGACUGUAACUCUGGACUGUUUGCUGAAGGAGUCGUCUAUCCCGUCUUUUAUUGUAGACCUGAAGUGUUCAGCUAAUGCUUGUUUGUGUACCACAACAGUUUCCUCUGUAGCCAUAAUAACAACUGUGUUGAUGCUAGAAUCCUAUGACAUCUUUUCCCAACAUCCAUCGGGGCUGAUAGCGUUUCAUUCUCACUUUGAGUUCACCUGCUCUCGUUGGCAAUAAUAUGAAUGAUAAUCCAGAGAUCUGCUCGAUGGAGAUUGUAGCAAGGCAAAGUGGAGACUCGUAUCAGUCUCAGUGUCUUCCUUAUGAACGGAUGCAGUGUGGAAAACUGUGUUUUUGUAGAGGCCUCGUGUCUCUAAUCUCAGGUGAAAAAUGUGAAUGCUCAGUUCCACACCAGACCUCUGGCUGCUCGAACUGUUGAAGUAUUUCCUGUUAAAACUGGAAGUUAGGACACUAAGGACACAGGGCUCGUCCCUUGCCAAUAGUCUUUAGCCCUUAGCUUAAGACUAAAUCUCUCAUUCUGUAAAAUAAGCUAUAUAAUUAAAAUUGCUAACUGUAAUCAUACUAAUUUGGUGUCCGAAAAUGUGCAGUUUUACAUAAUUUGUUUAUCAUAGAAGUUGUUUUAGUAUCUCAGUAUCUCAGUUAAACCUUUAGCAGUUAGCUUCAGGCUAAUGCAAAUCAUCACAGUUUAAUAAAAUUUGUAUCUGUUAUUCUAUAAUACUGGAUACAGAAUUGAAAUUAUUAACUCCAAUCAAUUUAGUGUCCUUAAAUCUUAGGUUUUACACAAUUUGUUUAUCAUAAAACUCUGAAGCUAAACCUUUAGCAAUUAGCAUUAGGCUAAUGGGAAACAUCCCAGGUAGCAGAAUUAAAAUUAAUUAGAAUUAAAAUGUCCGGCUCUGAUCGUGUUAAUUUGGUGUCCUGAAAUGUUUAUUAUUAUACAACAUUUAUCAAAGAAUUAGUUUUCGGUUCUCAGAACACCAGGCUAAAGCUAAUCCUUUAGCAUUUAGCUUUAUGUUAAUAUGAAAAUUACAGAUGAGUUAAAUGGCUAAAGAAAUAAAAUCACUAAUUUAUGGUAAUCUGGUGUUAUAAAUGUUCAGUUUUACUCAAUAUGUCUAUAAUAGAAGUUGUUUUUUGCUUAUUAGUACACCAGUUUAAAGCCAACCCUUAGCAUCACGUUGUGAUUAUCUGUUGUUUUACACAGCAUAUUUAUCAUAAAAGCUUUUUUAGUUCUCAAGACACCAGACUAAAGAUAAACCUUUAGCUAUAAUCCUCACUCAAGUAGCAUCUUUAGCACUGCAGCUAAUCUCUUAGCAUUGAACACAAGGGCAUGCUUUAGCUAAAUGCUACAUGACAGGCGAAUUUAAUUUAAUCAGAUUCAGUUUUUUUUUUUUUUUUU